ACUGAUCACAAUGUGGAUAAUACAACAGAAAUACUCAGAGAGUGGCUGAAAAAUGUCCAGAGACAAUAUCACUACGUGGAGUGGAGGCCUAUGGAUGAACCAGAGUCUUACCCUGAUGAAAUUGGACCAAAGCACUGGCCAAGCUCCCGGUUUGCCCAUGUCAUGAAACUGCGACAGGCAGCCCUUCGAACUGCAAGGGAAAAAUGGUCAGACUACAUACUGUUCAUAGAUGUCGACAAUUUCCUGACUAAUCCACAGACCCUGACCCUAAUGAUUGCAGAGAACAGAACCAUUGUGGCCCCCAUGCUGGAGUCCCGGGGCCUGUACUCUAACUUCUGGUGUGGAAUCACUCCUCAGGGUUUCUAUAAGCGGACACCAGACUACCUUCAGAUUAGAGAGUGGAAGAGGAUCGGCUGCUUCCCCGUCCCCAUGGUCCACUCCACCUUCCUGAUUGACCUCAGGAAAGAGGCCUCCAACAAUCUGGCUUUCUACCCUCCACACCAGGACUACACCUGGACCUUUGAUGACAUCAUUGUUUUUGCCUUCUCCAGCAGGCAAGCAGGCAUUCAGAUGUACCUCUGCAACAAAGAGCACUAUGGCUAUUUGCCCAUUCCUCUGAAGCCCCAUCAGACACUGCAGGAAGACAUUGAGAACCUCAUCCAUGUGCAGAUAGAAGCAAUGAUUGACCGUCCUCCAAUGGAACCCUCCCCGUUUGUGUCAAUUGUCCCUAAGUAUCCAGACAAGAUGGGAUUUGAUGAGAUUUUCAUGAUUAACCUCAAACGCAGGAAGGACAGGCGGGACCGGAUGCUGCGCACGCUCUAUGAGCAGGAGAUUGAGGUCAAGAUCGUGGAGGCCGUGGAUGGGAAGGCACUCAACACAAGCCAGCUGAAGGCCUGGAACAUUGAAAUGCUACCAGGGUACCGUGAUCCCUACUCCUCCAGGCCUUUAACUCGGGGUGAAAUUGGCUGCUUCCUUAGUCACUUCUCUGUCUGGAAAGAGGUUAUUGACCGGGAACUGGAGAAGACGCUCGUCAUUGAGGAUGACGUGCGUUUUGAGCAUCAGUUCAAGAAGAAGCUAAUGAAACUGAUGGAUGACAUUGACAAGGCUCAGCUGGACUGGGAACUGAUUUACAUCGGUAGGAAAAGAAUGCAAGUCAAAGAGCCAGAGAAAGCGGUGCCCAAUGUUAUAAAUCUGGUUGAAGCUGACUAUUCCUACUGGACACUGGGCUAUGCCAUCUCUUUGGAGGGAGCACAGAAGCUUGUUGGAGCUGAUCCCUUCGGGAAGAUGUUACCAGUGGAUGAGUUUCUGCCAAUCAUGUACAACAAGCAUCCUGUAGCGGAGUACAAGGAGUAUUAUGAACCCAGGGACUUGAAAGCUUUCUCUGCAGAGCCCUUGCUCAUCUACCCCACGCAUUACACAGGCCAGCCGGGCUAUCUGAGCGACACAGAAACUUCAACCAUCUGGGACAAUGAGACAGUAGCCACUGACUGGGACAGGACACAUUCCUGGAAGUCCCGGAAGCAAGGAAACAUCCACAGCAAUGCCAAGAACACAGAAGCACUGCCACCACCAACCUCUCUGGACACUGUGCCUUCAAGGGAGGAGCUCUGA